CACUCACUCUAGCCUGGGCAACAAAGCAAGACUCUGUCUCAAAAAAAUAAAAUAAAAUAAAAAAGUAAUCUCUGUUUCCUAGAAUUGUUCUGAGGAUGGAGAGGGACAAUUUAUUCAGCAGAUAUUAAUACUUAUUGAACUCCCUGAGAUGUACAAGACACUGAUUUAUAAUUGGGAAAUAAGAGCAACCAAACAUAAAAAUCCCUGCCCUCGGAGAGCUUGUGAGGUACACGGGGGAGAGGAACGCUGAGCAAAACACACGCGGGGAGGGAGACACUUACAUGCACAGAGAAGAGUGCCAAGGAAGGCAGAGGCUGUGAUAUGAGAACAGGUCGGCAGAAAAGGAAUCACCGAGAUGACUUUUUAUAGGAGUCCAAGGCAGCAAGGAGGCUCAUCAUUUGAAUGUUUAGGAGAAGAGAAUUUCAGGCAGUGGAAACAGCAAGUGCAAAGGCCCUGAGGCAGGGGUGUGUCUGACACGCCGGUGGAACAGCAAGGAUGUCCAUGUGACCGGAGCAGAAUAAGCAAGAGAAAGAGUUUUUGGAGAAGAGGGCACUGAGGUAAUGGCUUUGUAGAUGAGAGCAAGGACUCAGGAUUUUACUCAGAGGAGUCCACCAUCUGAUCUCAGAUUCAAAUCUGAUUCACUCUGGCUGCUGCAUUGAGAAUAGAUCACAGGGGAUGAGGGCAGGAGGGAGACCUGUCAUUAAGGCAUGAAACACCUGCGUGAGGAGAGAAGAUGGUAGUUUGGAUCAGGGCAGAGAAUGGGUCAGAGCCUGGAUAUAACUCGCAAGUGGAUCUGGGGGAUUUCCAGAUCCAGGUGUGAAAGAAAAGAGUCAGAGACUCCAAGCUUUGAUGCUGGAAGACCUAAAAGAACAGGUUGCCGUUUGCUAAGAUGGAUGAGAAGGUGGCUACAGGGGGAAGAUUUGCAGGGAGGGGAAGUAGCAGGUGCUCAGCAUUGGAUUAUGCGUGGUCCAGGGGCCUGUUGGACAUCCAGGAGGAGAAGCCAAGCAGGUGAGGAUGCAGGAGAGAGAUGCAGGCUGCAGACACACGUGCGGGGUCCCUGGCAAGGCAGGCGAUGGCCAAGCCACGGCAGUGGGCAAGCUCAUGUGCGGAGUGAGUGUGGAUAAAGGAGAUGAUGAGGGGUCAGCAGAAGAGACUGGGAGUGAGAGGAAAGCCAGGCCAAUGGGGUGUGCUGGAAGCAAGUGAAGGGAAGGAUUAAAGGAGGUGAGAGAGUUCGGCAAGUCCACUGGAGCUCCAUUUCUCUCUCUCUAGCUGGAGGAAUAACUCGCUGUCAGUCCCGGCCAUGAACCUGCUUUCAGCCUCUUGGAUUGAAAGAGCAGGUCCUGUUGGCUCCCAGGGCUCUAGGGCUGUGCAGCCUGUGAACUUGGCUAGGAGGACUGCUGUUACCCCAUAAGACUCCAGGGUUAUCCACUGUUAAUGAUUAUCUCGGCUCCCCUUCAAGGCUGCAGGGAAUCUGGAGCUGUCUGCUUGGUUAGCUGUGCUCUCCUCCAGGACUGCAGGGGAAUCUGGGCUCUUUGCUGGACAUCCGAGGGUGGACCAAGCUCUCCCCAGAGAGAAAUCCUGAAAGGACUCAACAGAUGCUGGUGAGCUGAAGCAAAGCUGCAACUCCAACAACUAACCAGCAACGUGCAUCUAUUUUGUGAAGAAAGUCCCUGCUAUGUAACCAACCUAUUAGGCAUCUCUUCCCAAGGCAGGUGGUGACUUUAGAACUCUGAGCUGGUUCCUGAGGACUGUUCCACCAUGCAGUGGCUGACAAGGUUCCGGGUCUUUGGGGCCAUCCACAAAUCCUCCCAUGGCUUCCACCCUGCCCCUUGGCCACUGCGCUGCCAGUCUUCAUCCGAUGCUGGAGCUGCAAGAUGGAAUGACCAUGAUGUGCCUGAGGAAUUUAACUUUGCAAGCUGUGUGCUGGACUACUGGGCUCAGAUGGAGAAGGAGGGCAAGAGAAGUGCAAACCCAGCCUUUUGGUGGGUGAAUAGCCAAGGAGAGGAACUGAAAUGGAGCUUCCAAGAGAUGGCAGAGCUAACUCGUCGUGCAGCCAACGUCUUCACGCAGACCUGUGGCCUGCAGCAAGGAGACCAUCUGGCCUUGAUUCUGCCUCAAGUGCCUGAGUGGUGGCUGGCGACUGUGGGCUGCAUCCGAGCAGGGAUCAUCAUCAUGCCAGGGACCAUCCAGUUGAAGGCAAAGGACAUUCUCUACCGACUGCAAGCGUCUAAAGCCAAAGCCAUCAUGACCACAGACACCCUUGCCCCAGAGGUGGAUUCUGUGGCUCCAGAGUGCCCCACUCUGAAAACCAAGCUCCUGGUGUCUGAUCACAGGCGUCACGGGUGGCUGGACUUCCGGUCCCUGAUGAAAUCAGCAUGCCCAGACCACACUUGUGUUAAGUCAAAGACGAUGGACCCGAUGGUCAUCUUCUUCACCAGCGGGACCACGGGCCUCCCCAAGAUGGCAAAGCACAGCCACGGAUUGGCCCUACGAGCCUCCCUCCCUUCCUGCAGGAAAUUACUGGACCUAAAGAUGUCUGAUGUCUUCUGGUGCCUGUCGGACCCAGGUUGGAUUAUGAGUUUCUCUGGGUCCCUGAUUGAACCAUGGACAGCAGGAUCUACAGUCUUUAUCCAUCAUGUGCCCCAAGUUGACCCUAAGGUCAUUGUGCAGGCGUUGUUCAAAUACCCCAUCACCCAACUCCUGGGGGUGCCAUCCAUCUUCCGAAUGAUUCUGCAGCAGAAUUUCGCCAGUCUCAGGUUCCCCACCCUGGAGUACUGCUACACUGGUGGGGAGGCCCAGCUGCCCGAGGAGCUCGAGGAGUGGAAAAGACGGACAGGCCUUCUGCUCUGCGGAAUCUACGGACAGUCAGAAACGGGACCGGCCUGCGGCACGCUCCGGGAGACAAAGAUCAAGCUGGGUUCCACGGGGAAGGCCCUUUCGCCCUACGACAUCCAGAUCAUCGACGACCAGGGCAACGUCCUGCCACCCAACACCGAGGGGAACAUGGGCAUCAGGAUCAAGCCCACCAGGCCCGUCGGCAUCUUCCUGUGCUACGAGGGUGACCCAGAGAAGACAGCCGAAGUGGAGUGUGGGGACUUUUACAAGACCGGGGACAGAGCAACCAUGGAUGCAGAGGGCUACAUCUGGUUCCUGGGGAGAGACGAUGACAUCAUCAAUGCCUCUGGGUACCGCAUCGGGCCGGCGGAGGUGGAGAACGCGUUGGCGGAGCACCCUGCGGUGGCGGAGUCAGCCGCGGUGAGCAGCCCGGACCCGACGCGAGGGGAGGUGGUGAAGGCAUUUAUUGUCCUGACCCCGCAGUUCCUGUCCCACGAUCGAGCCCAGCUCACCAGGGAGCUGCAGCAGCACGUGAAGUCCGUGACGGCCCCAUACAAGUACCCGAGGAAGGUGGAGUUUGUCCCGGAGCUGCCCAAAACUGUGACGGGCAAGAUCAGACGGAGCGAACUGCGGAGAAAGGAGUUCGGUUUGAUGUAGCCGGCAAUAGCGCCAGAACCCACCGUGCGCCCCGUGCAAGCUCCUGGCAGCUUCGGUCUCCUCACGGUGGGGGGUGGGGAGGAGGGGGUCUCGAGAGGGCUGCUUUGGAAGGGUGUCGGGACCACCAAGACACCAGUAAUUUUGUUCAUUUAAGCUAAAUGCAGUUACUAUCUGUCCCCCAAGUCCUGCGUUCCUUUAGGGGUGGCGCAGGCGAGCACUCGGGUUGGGGGUGCGGGUAAUAAAACACUGACGUCA